AUUGGAACUUGCUCAGUUAUUAUCGGCUACCAGUGAAGUAGCGUGUCGUAUUGUGGUGACCCCGUUAUUUUUUAAAUUAAAAUAACUUAAACACAAGAUUUUGAUUAAAUUAUACCACCAUGUCUCCAAAUACAGUGUUGUUAUCAAUAACGAUAUUGUUAUCUAUGGUGUACAAAUCCACAGCAAUCUACUGCUUCUACUGCAACAGUGCCAACAACUCAGCGUGCAUUGACCCCACUCAGUUCGAUGACGAGAUGCGCGGACGCAUCAUACCGAUCAUCAACUGCGAUACAGCCGUGCCUAGAGUCAAUGAGUACGCGUUCUUCUGCAGAAAGAUUGUGCAAACCAUCUACCAUCCCCACAAGGACUCAGAGCUUCGAGUGACCCGCGGCUGCGGCUGGGUGCGACACGAGAAAGAUUGUUACCGCGCCGACAACCGAGACCACCUCGAGACUGUCUGCCAAUGCUUUACUGAUCACUGCAACAGUGCUGACUCCUUGAAUUCCACUACGGCAUCAGCCUUCUUCGUGGCGUUGGCUGUGUGUUUGUAUUUUUACCGUUGAUGGAUAGAUAAGAAAUAAUUGUAGUGCUAAUGUAUGUAGGUAUGAGUAAGGUAGGAAAUGUAAGUUAUAAAUAAAGAUAACUUUGUUAGAUGAAAUUUAGUUAAUGGAAACAGUAGAAUCCCACAAAAAAUUAGAUAGAUUGAUAUGUACCCCGAAUACUGCAGAAUAAACUGUUGGCCAAAUGACAGUUUAUAUUUGAAGGCAAUUGUGAAAAACUCUUAGUAAAAGUAACCAUUUU